AGUGUGUCGUGGCCUGUCACAAGUUUGUCGAAGUCAAUGCCCUGGGUCUAACAGUAGCUGCCCUUAGCAGCUAUGAUUCCAACAUGAGAGCAGCUGCAUAUUUUGUCUUGGCUUCCUUUCGUUCUCAUCUGGAAGGAGCUCGCUUUCGAGAGAAGAGUCAGUUGCUGUAUCUCUUGGAUGCUGUGCAAAAUGGAAUCAGGCAACAGAACCUCAGGUUUACCUUCUCUUUGACCCUCUACAUCGCUCGCGUGGCCCAGCAGAUCCUGAAGCCAGAGGAGCACAUGUAUAUAAAGGUAAACAGAUUCCUUCUGUCACACCAGUAUUUGGACCUGAAGAAAGUACCAGGGUUUUUCCAGCUUUUCUACAGCUUUGACUUUGAGUACAAAACGGAACGUGAGUGGAUCCUCAGAUUCCUUGGAGAAGGGCUGCGGGAUAAACAUUGCUAUGAGCUUUAUGACUUCCAGAGGAUUUUCCAGGUCAUUCUUUCCUUUUUCAACAGCCCUUUGUGUGAUGAGGGCUCCCAGUACCGUAUUCUGGAGGUGUUGCAAAAUGCUGCCCGUGUCACCAGAGCUGCCUAUGAGCUGAUACAAGACCACAGCCUUCUCACCUGGAUACUGCACAUCUUGGAGAAAAGGUUUCUGGAAAACAAGAUGUUAAAUAAAAUUAUUUCCUUGCUCCAUACUCUGUGGCUAACAAAUCUAGGAGGCAAGAGAGAAAGCAGGAAUCAGUCACAGGAGAACAGGAAGUUUCUUCCUAUUCAGCUUGUAAAUGAAUUUCUGUAUGUUUUGGUGACAUUGAUCAAACACAUUCGGACUAAUUUAGAUCUAGGCAAACUGACCCAGUUUUUCAGUACGCUCAAUUCCGUGCUGGAAUAUCGUGCUAUAGUUGUGGAGGCCUUCAAAGAAAUGAAUCGGUUCACCGUGAACGACGGCGUUCUCUCAACCAAAGACAUCCUCCUGCUGCUGCAUAAGUGGAGCAUCGUCGAGAAAGACCUGAAACUGCAGGAGGAUCUGCAGACUCUUGCUCAGAAAUACCAAAUCAAGGAGUUGCUUAAAAAUCUUAAAGACAAGAACAAACCUCAAGCCUCGUCUCACGCGUAUCGUCAUCUUCAGAAAAAGAAGGAGAUGGAAAGAGAAGAGGACGCUGCUGCAGACCUGAAAGUCUCAGAGCUGGAGAAGUGCAGAGAUCAUCUGAAUUCCAUAUUUGCCCACUGGGAGCCUGUUUUCCCGGCGCCGCCUACCGAACUUGGAGGGGAGCCCCUCCAAGCCGCUGACCUUGAGGACGCAACAGUCGGUCUUACCUGCGUGUCCGCUUACCUCGUGACUAAAUGGCUCGUGAAGUCCCUGGUUGAGCACAGCCUCAACGCACAAACCGUUUCGUUAACUCUGCGCUGGCUGCAGAGCUGCAUCUUGCCGCACCCCGGGGCGGUGCGGGAGGUGCUCGGGGACGAGACGCUGAGGAACAACCUCUUCAGGUUUUACACCCGGGUCUGUGAGGCCAGCGGGGGUGCGGCCGGGUGCCUUGACGAGCUCUGUCUGUUCAGUUCAGUCAUGCUGCACCUGAUGGAUGCGCAGGGCCUGGCCAGCAGCAGCGUUCACGGGCUGGUGAAAGCCUUGUGCCUGUCGGCAGUGACGGAAGAGGAUGCGAACAAGAAAGCUGUGUGUGUGUUCCUGACUUCUGCUUACAUUGGGGAUGUAUGGCUUGGAGCACAGGAGCCAGAUAUGCUAAUAACCCAUGUCAGAUUGAUCUGCAGUAGUACAGAUGAGCAACUAAAUGAUGGCGACUUGGAAACUC